CAUAUUUCUACAGGAAUAACCCGCAUAGUAUAAGGCAAAUAUGCCUCCUACAAAGCCAUGGGGCACAAUUCCAAAGUGUCGCUUGAAACUUGGCCAUCAAAAAUUGACAGAAUUUGAAUUGGAACAAUCAGUGGAAAGGUUACGAAAGGUACGACCAAGAAAAAUACGACAAUGGUGGCCAGACGACCACAAGCACAAGAGAUCUGAAGAACUUGCAAUCACGAAGACUGUUGAUCGACUUUGUAAAAACUCUUCUGUAAACGUAGUAGACAGCGACAGAGUACCGAAAGGGCGGAUAAGGAAUAUGGGAAUUGUUAACAGCUUUGCAUGGAAAGGUUAUAACUAGAACUGCGCGGUGAAAACGGCCGAAUUCACCUAUAGACAACUUCGCUAUUCGUAUCAAUAUUAUUUAUUAUAUUCGUUAUCCGUGAUAUUUUCAUACGUGUGUUAUAUUUAUAUACGGCUUGAAAAUGUUAGCACAAUAUAAAAACUCGAAAAUAUAUCCA